AAAGAUCUUGUUACAGUGACGGAGGCGCUCAUAUCGUCCGUUGAAAAUAAUUUGUCGAUAAACUUUAAUGAUUCCGGAAAUAUUUUUUAUGCCGUUGACGGUACUACUGAAAUUCAAACUACGAAUGAGAUUAAUUCAAAUUUAGAAUUAGCACCUGAGCUGUACGUUCUUCAAACAAAUAGCCCGUUAAAUUAUGAGCCUACCUUGUUAGAUGACCACACAGUAAAUCAAUUUUUACUUCCAUCAGGACUUACAACAAACGAGAAGACGUUAGCUACCAAUGAAUCAUCCUUGUUGGCUUUACAUACGUGUGUAAUGUGUCAGGAAAUAUUCACGAAUGAGGCUGAUCUUCUCGACCAUGCUAUAUUCGCGCACACCACUCCUGUAGAACAAAAGGGACAAGAAGCGGUGGCUUCUAUUCCCGCCAAAGAACAUACUUUUAUUGAUGGCGCUAACAGUAGCAUCAAUUUUGAAUGCGAGUGGCUGGUUUGUACCCUGUGUGAACGAGUUUUGUCCACCGCACUGGAGUCUGAGCCCGAUGAGCAACUAUGCUGCCUGGGGCAGGACAGCCGCAGCCGCGUGUGUUCUCGGCGGCUAAGCAUUAUGUUCGUGUGUGACGGCUGCAAGUACCUGUUCGCGACGGGCGAAGCUCUGGACAAGCAUAAGCUCAUCUGCUUCGUCGAUGAACCGUUGUACACCGAUCAAGUGCUUAGUCCCAUAGAGUCCUAUCCGCAAGUAGUGCCGUCCAACAGCUGUAACACCUGCAGUGACAGCGAUCACACCGGCCAGUGUCAACCUCGCGCGCGCAGACACAACUCCAAUAAGAUGUGGAACUGUGGUUCCUGUAACCAACUGUUCGUGUCAGCUAGGGAACUGUACCGCCACAAACGCGGCGAGGACCGUCCCGAGGGCGCACCGCUUACGGCCUACGUGUGCGACGAGUGCGACAAGGUGCUGGGCAGCAUGUGCGCGCUGCACACUCACAGGAAGAUGCACAGGAACACCAAGCCGGGCUACCCAUGUCGUGUCUGCGGGCGUCGCUUCAACCAGUCGGGUCACCUGGCCAUCCACAUGCGCAUGCACACCGGCGAGCGACCCUACCCCUGCGAUCUCUGCUCUAAGGCCUUCAAAGUUAAGGUGGAGCGCGACGACCACCGUCGCACGCACACCGGCGAGCGGCCGUUCGCCUGCGCCGCCUGCCCCAAGACCUUCACCGCCGCCGCGCGACUGCGAGAGCACGCCCGCAUACAUACGGACCACAGGCCGUACAAAUGCGAGAUCUGCGGCGCGGCGUUCCGUCGUCCGUACGCGCGCACCGUGCACACGCUCAUCCACACCGGGGAGAAACCCCACGAGUGCGACGUCUGCCACACCGCCUUCAGGCGUUCGGGCGACAUGUGGAAGCACAAGAGAACUCAGCAUGGUAUUAUUGGUAAUUAGAUAAUUGUAAUUUCCUUUAUAUUAGUUCCUAUUGGAGUGCCAUAUAACUA